UUUCUUCGAAAUUGACCAUAGCUUCUUCCCAACGUUUCUCUGUUGUGCUGAAUUUUUUUCUUCACACUCUUGACUCGUCUCCCGAAAUCGAAGAGUAGAGAAGAAGCUUAAAUCACAAUCCUGUUGGGCAUCUCCAGUUAUUGAAUUUGGAUUUCGAUUUCAUGGUAUAGUUAUGAAUAUGAUGAUGGGUUGUUGAUCAGUUUUUCACUCGGGAGAGUAUACUUCCUUUGAGCUAUUGAACUCAAAGUAUCCAUAUGGGGAACUGUUUUGAUUCUCCCUCAAGAGUAGACAAUACUCAGAGCACUCAGAUUGGUUCUUCUUCGGGGGCCUCAAAAGUAACCAGCAAAACUACCUCAACUUCAGCAGUUUCUAGUCUGACAUUUCCGUCUUACAGCGAAAAGAGCACCACAGAAAGUCUUCCUACGCCUAGGUCUGAAAGUGAGAUAUUGUCAUCGCCAUACUUGAUAGCCUUCUCUUUUAAUGAGCUAAAGAGUGCCACUAAAAACUUCCGCCCAGACAGUCUUCUUGGAGAGGGAGGAUUUGGUUAUGUUUUUAAAGGAUGGAUUGACAGGCACACCCAUGCUGCCACAAAGCCUGGAUCUGGAUUGGUUGUUGCUGUCAAGAAGCUUAAGCCAGAAGGUUUCCAAGGCCACAAGGAGUGGCUGACAGAAGUUAACUAUCUUGGCCAACUUCAUCAUCCAAAUUUGGUUAAGCUUAUUGGUUAUUGCGUGGACGGGGAGAAUCGGCUGUUGGUCUAUGAGUUCAUGCCAAAAGGCAGCUUGGAGAAUCAUCUAUUUAAACGAGGGGGCCAACCACUAUCUUGGGCAAUAAGGCUCAAAGUUGCCAUAGGUGCUGCUAGAGGUCUCUCUUUCUUGCAUGAUGCUGAAUCACAAGUGAUAUACAGGGAUUUCAAGGCUUCUAACAUUCUACUAGAUGCAGAGUUUAAUGCAAAACUUUCGGACUUUGGCUUGGCCAAAGCAGGCCCCACUGGUGAUAGGACUCAUAUCUCCACACAAGUCAUGGGUACUCAUGGAUAUGCUGCACCUGAAUAUGUUGCUACAGGUCGGCUGUCUGCAAAGAGUGAUGUUUAUAGCUUUGGAGUUGUGUUGUUGGAAUUGUUGACUGGGCGUCAUGCUAUUGAUAAAUCAAGAGUUGGUGCAGAGCAAAAUCUGGUGGACUGGGCCAAACCAUAUUUGGGUGACAAACGCAAAUUAUUCCGGAUAAUGGACACUAAGUUGGAAGGGCAGUAUUCCCAGAAAGGGGCCUUCAUGGCUGCAAACCUGGCCUUACAGUGUCUCAGCAACGACGCUAAAGCCCGGCCACGUAUGGCUGAGGUUUUAGACAAACUGGAACAAGUUCAAGGCCCAAAGAGUAAUUCCAAACUGUCUCAAUUUGAGAAGCAAAUGGCCUCCAGUCCUGUCCUCAAAUCCCCGUUAAGUCAUCAUCGUUCACCUCUCCAUACACGACGUGGUGGUUCCCCAUUACCAUCCCACCAGCAAUCAGCACACGUAUACUAGGCAUGAAAAUUUUCCAUCCAAUCGGGUAUUUGAUUUAAAUUAUUUCUACCCACGUUGUUUGUAGUUUACUGGAACCUUUCUUUGCACAUAUUUUUCUUUCCAAUCGAUGUGAUUGUUUUUGUGUAUUUGCAUUAACUACUACAUUUAUGCAUGGCUCUUCGAAGAUAAUGAAAGUGCACUAUUUUUAUAUUUCUCCACAGAAUUGACAAGUUCCUUUGGUUUUGUGGUGUAAAUAGUUGUCUCAUCAUAUAUUUUAGUCCCUCAAGAACGUUGUUGACCAUGUUUUAACUGGUCUCUCUUAUUAACUAAAAACUAGCUGUCCACAUUGAUGUUUCUGGUCCCUCUUAUUGGAGAAUGGAAUGCACAUGCACACACACAGCACACAAAUAUCCGCUCAUUUCUCUUCAAAGACACAGUAUGUGGAGAGAAACAGGUACUAUCAAUACCUUGCUGUGAUGGUUCCUUUUUUUUUUUCUGUUAACAUUAAACAGUUUCCUUGGCAAAAAAAAAAAAAAUGGUUCUACAGGCACAUUGCUCUUCAUUUGGUAUUAUUGACUGGUCCUUAAACCAUGUCAGCUGUUUGUGUGAGUCCUGGACUCCUGGAGUCCUGGGUGCCAUAUAUGACAUCGAAGGAGUGAUUGGCUGACCGGGAUGGUGGGAUUGGGAAUGUCUUGAUCAUCUGGAUGUACUGACAGAUCCCUAAAUAAUCAAUUGGAGAAUAAAAUGACAAAGCUCACAUAAAUGUGUAUGAGAAUGUUUAAAUGGAAGGGCUUGGGAAUCUUUGUAAAUUCUCUCUUAACUGCUAGUUUGACAAAUUCCACUAUUGUUGUGUAUGUCCAGAUCCUUGCAUAUGCUCCCAUUAUAGCUUUCUUAGUGCUCAUAUGUAAGAAACUGUUGGGGCAUAAUGUCUUGUAUUCCGUCACAUGGACUUGUGGGUUGAUUCUGAGUGCACAUAUGUAAAUCUAUUUCAUUCAAUUUAAAACUAUAGGAGCUGAUCCUUACUAGCUUAAAAACCCCUCUUGUUUUAUGGUCAAGGAAAUAGUAGACGUCGAAGAAGCGGCACAAACACCACUGAUAGGGAGUGCCCUAACAUGAUGAAACAGCAAAUUUGUGGAUUUCUUUAAAUCUAGCUCUGGAGCUGACACAUUCAUGUCCUCUCUACUUCAUAUGACUGGCAAUGCAAAAACUGCUGGUGAAGUUUGAGGGAUGAAACCUACCGACUGUUUAUUUGCUCAAAUGGAUCUGUCUUGGAUCUUUUCUGGUACUCGUUGGAUAAUUUACUAUAGUUUAAUAUUAACUCAGCAUAUGGUCCCUUAUAUAUGAAACAAGAUUCCCACUCAUGUGCUCCCAUUGGCUUGGCACGAGAGAAACUCUUAAUCCACCGAUAACCUUGCUAGUUUUUUCAGAGUUAGCAACAAAUCUGAACUGGGGGCUAUUCUCUCUCCUCUUGUAUCCCUCUGACGGUUUUUGGUAUCAGUAUCAGAUCGGCUGAUUUGGAUCAAUGCCGAUACCUGACUGAUACGAAUCUGCGGAUACCAUAUCUCUCUCUCCAAUUCUGUAUUUUUAUAAUGCAAAUGCCACCAUGUUCACCAUGUAUGAACCUUUCGGGUACUCAUUUCAUGAAAUCACUUUCCCAUCGAUUUAAGCUAAAUUUGGCGCAACUGCAUCUAACUGCCCCAACCGCCCAAAACUCUUCUCUCGAUCCACUAUUCAACCUGCAAAAAUAUAAAGACAAGAACCAACUCAACCAAAUCCUUGCACAGACGAUAUCCACAGGCCUCCUUCACAAUCCUUUUAAUGCCUCAAAACUGGUCAGCACUUUUGCCUUAAGCCCCCUUCCUGGAACCACAUGCAUCGCCCGCUUAAUCGCUGAUCGAAUUGACGGACUGGACAGCUACACAUGGAACACUGUCAUCCGAGGGUAUUUGCAAGGGGAGAGCCCCAAAAAAGCAAUCUUGAUCUAUGCUCAUGUAAGAAGAAAAGGUCUGAAGGUAGACAGUUAUACCGUUCUCUAUGUAAUCAAGGCAUGUUGUCAGUUUUCAGGGGAUCGGGAAGGAGGGCAGAUACAUGCUCAGAUUCUCAAAAUGGGUUUUUCGUCCGAGUUAAUUACGCGGACGGGUCUGCUGCAAAUGUAUGGGUUGUUUGAUGAAAUUGAGUCUGCACAACAGGUGUUUGACGAAAGCCUUGAAAGGGAUUUAGUGCUGUGGAAUGCUCUUGUUGCUGCGUAUGCUCAUUCGGACCACCCAUACAAGGCACUCUCAGUUACACGUGCUAUGAUUAAUGACAAUAUGAGACCAAAUGGGCCGACUGUAGUAAGCAUCCUUUCAGUUUGUUCUUCUCUGAGAGCCUUGAGAAAAGGAAAACUGGUGCAUUGUUACGUUUUAAAAAACUUGGACAAUAUUGACGUCUAUGUUUCCAAUGCUUUGAUAGAUAUGUAUUCAAAAUGUGGGUGUUUGGUCAGUGCCCAUCUGGUUUUCCAAAAGAUGCCAAUGAAGAAUGUGAUUUCCUGGACUUCAAUUGUUAAUGGGUAUACCAACAAUAAUAAUCCCCAUGAGGCAUUGGUUCUGUUUAUAGAAAUGGAGUCUGCAAAAUUACCACCUGAUGAGGUUACCAUGUUGGGUGUUGUCUCUAUGUGCUCAAAGCUAGGUAGCUUUGAGUUUGGGAAAUGGAUUGAUCAUUAUGUUGAACAGCAUGGAUUUAAGGGAAGUAUUUGUAUGACAAACUCUCUCAUGGACAUGUAUGCUAGAUGUGGCAACCUCAAGAAAGCUUGCCAGAUAUUUGAUGAAAUGGAUAAGAAGACACUGGUGUCUUGGACUACUAUCAUACAAGGACUAGCUAUGCAUGGUCAUGGGAUGCAAGCCCUUGUGCGGUUCACUCAGAUGCAAAGGGAAGGCUUCAGACCUGAUAGUGUUGUCUUUCUCAGCAUCAUAUCUGCUUGUAGUCAUUCUGGUUUGGUGAAUGAAGGGCGUGAAUGUUUUAGAUCCAUGGUAGAAGAUUAUGGUAUUCAACCAUGGAUGGAACACUAUGGAUGCAUGGUGGACCUUUUUUGCAGAGCAGGGUUUGUUAAUGAAGGAUUUGAAUUUGUAGAGGCUAUGCCUGUGAACCCAGAUGCAAUUGUGUGGCGUAGUUUGAUUGGUGCAUGCAGAAACCAAGGUAAUGUAUUGUUAGCUAGAAGAAUUUUGGAUCAUCUGCUUAUAUUGGAACCCAAUUACGGUGGGAAUCAUAUAUUGUUAUCAAAUUUGUAUGCGAUGAUGGGAGAAUGGGAUAAUGUUGAAGAAGUGAGGAUGGAAAUGGGUGUUAGAGGUGUAAGCAAACCUUAUCCUGGUGCUAGUGUUGUAGAACUGUGCUAAGAUGGUCCUUGUAUUUAAGACCACAUCAACUGUUGGGUGACCAACGACAAUUCCAAAUUAUUUGUGUACCAUCUCAAUUCUCAGUGUCGUACGCUUAGUACCUUUGUGUUC